GGCCUUUAGCACUGGUCGUCGAAGUGGUUUUGUGUGUACAUGGCCGUAUCAUUCGGUGGAUCUUUACAUUGUUUUGUGACUUUUGGCGAUCUGUCUCUGGUAAAUAUGGGUUUUUAUAACAUAUUUUGCUCAUUGCAAACAGGAAAGACUUGUCUCUCUUUCUAAAAAUACAUAGAAAAUCGAUUUUCUUAGCGGUAGCGACAUGAGUCGAAAGACCCAAGGCCUAUUUCUUUCUUUCUCGUACUUGCACGUUGCGCUGUUGCAGGACGAGUAAGGAGAGUUUAGUACCGUCUCGGCGAUAAAUCGUUGUUGUUCAAAUUGUUUUCUCAACAUUUAAAACGACUUCUUGUUUCGAUCAACGGUCUCCAAUUUCCAUACAUUUUUUUUUGCAAAGAAAUUCGGAGUGAUUUAUCGAAAAUGGCCUAGUUUACACCGCGCGACCUGACUUAUGCCCUAACCUAUAGCCCGACUUAAAGUAGGCUAAAAAGGUGUCAAAUAAUUUACAACGAAAGUUCGGUUGACGGCACGUUAAAUAUUAUUAAAAAAAAAAAGGGGGGGGUAGGCUAAAACCCAAAAUAGAUGUCAUGAAAAUAUUAUGGCACUUUAUCAAACAGACUGGUAGAACAAUAUAAACCCGAGCAAUCAGUAAAUAUACGAGAAAGAGUGUCUAAAUAGCCACAAAUACGAGAAGUAAGCUGAAGGCACACAAAAUACCCCCCUUUCCAAAAUAAAGUAGGCUAUUAAUAAACUAAUAAACUUUACACGCGUUAUGUUGUGUGGCCUAAGAUGGGUCAGGGAUCGUCAAAAAGUGGCCUGACCCAAACAAGUUUGCGAGUGUUUAUAUGGUUGUGAACUAUCGAGUUGGGUCGAAUAUUGUGUAUGAGUCGCGGACUAAACGUACGGUGUAAACCAGGUCAAUGUCGACGGAGUGAUUGGAUGGAACGAUUGCGCGUCAUAUACGCGGCUGCAUCUCGCGUUUUCUAUUCUAUAAUUUUUGAUUGUAUCUACUAUUUUUAAAGAAUUGAAUUAUACUUAACAACCACAAUGACUACAUCCUCAGAAGAUGUCCUGAUGCAAGUGAAUCAAGUGCGUUAUAAAAAAGGAGAUGGUACUUUGUACGUAAUGAAUGAGCGAAUAGCGUGGAUGCUUGAUAACAGGGAUACUGUGUCUGUAAGCCAUAAAUAUGGUGAUAUUAAACUGCAAAAAAUAUCACCUGAGGGAAAAUCAAAAAUACAACUGCAGGUGGUAUUGCACGAUAGUACAUCAUCUACAUUUCAUUUUGUAAAUAAAAAUGGACAAGAAGCACAAAUUAAAGACCGUGACAAUGUAAAAGAGUUAUUGCAACAAUUACUGCCAAAAUUUAAACGAAAAGUUAAUAAGGAGUUGGAAGAAAAGAAUAGGACUCUUCAAGAACAUCCUAUGUUACUUCAACUGUAUCGUGAUCUCGUAAUCACACAAGUUAUAUCGUCUGAAGAAUUUUGGUCACAACAUGCUGCAGAGUAUACGCAAGCUAAAAAAAUUCAACGUCAAGAGAUAGGCGUUAAUAGUGCUUUUCUGGCCGAUAUUAAACCACAAACCGAUGGUUGCAAUGGAUUGAAAUAUAAUUUAACUGUCGAUGUGAUAGAAUGUAUAUUUAAGACUUACCCAGCUGUGAAGAGAAAACAUCAAGAAAAUGUGCCUCAUAAAAUGUCAGAGUCUGAUUUCUGGACAAAAUUCUUUCAAUCGCAUUAUUUUCACAGAGACCGUAUUAAUGCUGGGACCAAGGAUCUUUUUACCGAAUGUGCCAAAAUAGAUGAUCAAGAACUUAAAAAGGAUCUUCAAACUGGGAUAAACGAUCCAUUGGUAGAUAUUACUUCUUUCGAGGAUCAAACAUUGGAUGAAAAUUAUGGAAACGGAUACAGUAAAUUAGACAAAACGUCGGGAAAUAUCGUACAUCAAAAUAUGAUCAAAAGAUUUAAUCAGCAUAGCAUAAUGGUCAUGAAAGCCAGCACUGCAAAACAGUCGAUGCAAAUUAAUCAACUGCAGUUAAAUGGAUCUACACCGUCUGCAAGUAAAAUAAUAAAUAACGAAUCGGAUGAUGGAUCAAAGAUUAAAAAACGUAGAAUACAAGAAAAGAUAACUUACGAUGAUCUUGAUAAGAACUGUGACAUAAAUACAAAUAAUGGAGCACCAUUAAAUCUGACUCAUAUAGAUAGAUAUUUACAUGGGCCUGUACCAGGAUAUGGAAAUACAGAACCGACUUCAGAAGAUUUAUGUAUUAUAUUAAAUCAUUUAAAGAAAGAAGCUUCUGGAUGGAUAGCCGGUAGUACAUUACCACGGCAAACGGCAACUUCUUUAAUCAGCCCAACUACAGCGGUAUUAGUUUUAAGAGAAUUAACACCCAGUGGGCGCUUGAUGAAAGGCUUCCGAGAAGAAAGUCUUGGACAGUUAAUACCAAAGGAUUUAGAAAAAGAAUUACGUAACGUAUAUAUGUGUGCUUGGGAGCUGUUAAAGCACUUUUGGCGAAGUUUUCCACCAACAACACCACAGCUUGAAGAAAAAGCAAUUAGAAUGCAUGAAGCUCUACAUAGAUUUCAUUCCGCUAAACUAAAACCCUUUGAGGACCGUGUGCAAAGAGAAUUCUCCGCAGUCAGUCAGCACUUGACAAGUCAUCUCAAUCAAUUAUUAACCACCGCCUACAGGAAAUUCGCGGUGUGGCAACAGCGAAAGAUGCAAAUGAGAUAGCCCGUCAUUAAAAUUCCAUAAAGUACCUAACAUAAAUAAAACAGCAAUAUUGGUUACAUAUUGCAUUUCUCAAUGUUACCGUAACUAGAUAUUAAUGUCGAUGUAUUUUAUAAAAAGAGAGAAAAAACCAAAGUUACGCCGGUUUCAUGCAUCCUGGUGCUGUUUAUAUCAUACUGUUUAUUUAUUAUUAUUUAUGUGUUUAUAACUUCUCUCGAAUUUUUUUUAAUUUGUCCAAAUUGCAACUGACAAUACAUUAACUUAAAAUUAUUUUUGUAAAAAAAUGAUUUACUACCUAUUUAUUUGCAUCUAUUAGACUGUAUGAUAUAUUUAAAUGCGUAGGAGAAAUUUGAGAUGACCAUUUUAGGAAGACUUGAACGACUUCAAAUUUUUCAGUACUUGUGCCAAGCGCGUGGUUGUCAAACCGCGACAUGCGAGUCAUCGGUCCCUAUUGAUAUAAUAUCGCUUAAUGCGAAUAUUGAACGAGAAAUUUGAAGUGGUUCAAGUCUCCCGUAUGGUCUUUUGUUCAAGUUAGAUUCCUAUAUAUUUAGAAUGUACGAAUUAUUCUAAAAAUACGCUUUAAAAAACGUGGAUUAGGAAAUUUAUCCAACAAAGUGAUGUGUAAUAGCUGUGUGUAGUUAUCUAUUAUCUGUAAUAUGCAACUGUUUUAGUUCAAGUACUGACAAGAUACUGUUAAAGACCGCCGAUUCUGAAAAGAAUUUUUAUUACUAUCAGAGGGACCCUGGGGGGCGCGGUGGUAACUGAAGAGCGAUGAUAUUAUCAAUGAAUAGAAAUUUGUGAUUGUUAACAUAAAUAUUUAAAUAAUACAAUAUUAAAGGGAUGCUGGAGUCAUCUGUUUUACCGAUUGAACGCUAAUUAUUUUUGGAUAAGCUUGGCUUUUAAUUAAUUUCAUAGAAUUGUAAAUUCUUCUCCAAAAUUAAAGUAUAGAUAAUAACAAACAUUGGUUAACUACAAUUUCAUGUAAAAAACGAAAAUUAAAAAAUUAUACUUUUGUGUAAUCGUCUUAUGACUUUAAUCUGCAGCAUUAAAUUUUAAAGUUUACGAAAUAACUGUUAUGCACCGUUGUCAUUACAA